UCUUCAGUUACAGAAGUUGAAACCUACCGCCGGACACGAGCAUUAAGGUCUUUAAGAAGAAAUAUACAGAACUCUUCAGAUUCAGGUUUUCGUGAGAAUAUGGAAAUAACAGAAAAACAUGCUAAUGACAGGCAUUUCACAAGGCAGUUGGCUAGACAGCAGGCUGAUAAAAAAAAGGAAGAGUGCAAAGAAGACAAAGUGAUUCCAGUUACUCGGUCACUGAGGAAUAGAAACAUUGUUCAAACUACAGAACGCCUGCAUGAAGAGAAUGGUGAUGUUGAAGUGCGUCGCAGUGGCAGGAUCAGAAGUCGUUAUGGUGCUGUGAACCAGUCAGUGCUGUUUGACAAACUUAUAACAAACACUGCUGAAGCUGUACUUCAAAAAAUGGAUGACAUGAAGAAGAUGCGUAGACGACGAAUGAGAGAACUUGAAGACUUGGGAGUGUUUAAUGAAACAGCUGAAGGCAAUCUUAAUAUGUACACAAGAGGAAAACAAAAAGACAUUCAAAGAACUGAUGAAGAGACAACUGAUAAUCAAGAAGGCAGCGUGGACUCAUCUGAAGAGGGUGAAGACCAAGAAGAUGAAGGGGAUGGGGAGGAUGAAGAUGAUGAAGAAGAUGGAGACGAUAAUCAGAAACGGUACUAUCUGAGGCAGAGGAAGGCCACUGUUCACUACCAAGCUCCGUCGGAAAAACCUCGUCACCAGAGAAAGCCUAACAUAUUUUAUAGUGGCCCAGCUUCUCCUGCAAGACCAAGAUAUCGAUUAUCUUCUGCAGGACCAAGAAGUCCUUACUGUAAACGAAUGAACAGACGAAGGCAUGCCAUCCACAGUAGUGAUUCUACUUCCUCUUCCUCUUCUGAAGAUGAACACUUUGAGAGGCGGAGAAAAAGAAGCCGUAGUAGAGCUAUCAGUAGGUGCCUCCCGCUAAAUUUUCGGAAAGACGAAUUAAAAGGCAUUUAUAAAGAUCGAAUGAAAAUUGGAGCAAGCCUUGCUGAUGUUGACCCAAUGCACCUAGAUUCCUCAGUACGAUUUGAUAGUGUUGGUGGCCUGUCCAAUCAUAUUGCUGCUCUAAAAGAGAUGGUGGUGUUUCCAUUACUUUAUCCAGAAGUCUUUGAAAAAUUCAAAAUUCAACCUCCAAGAGGUUGUUUGUUUUAUGGUCCACCUGGAACUGGAAAGACCCUGGUUGCUAGAGCGCUGGCCAAUGAGUGCAGUCAAGGGGAUAAAAGAGUGGCGUUUUUCAUGAGGAAAGGUGCUGAUUGUCUAAGUAAAUGGGUAGGGGAAUCUGAAAGACAGCUACGAUUGCUGUUUGAUCAGGCUUACCAGAUGCGCCCAUCAAUUAUUUUCUUUGAUGAAAUCGAUGGUCUGGCUCCAGUUCGGUCAAGCAGGCAAGAUCAAAUUCACAGUUCUAUUGUUUCCACUCUGCUAGCUCUUAUGGAUGGAUUGGACAGCAGAGGGGAGAUUGUGGUCAUUGGAGCUACCAACAGACUGGAUUCUAUAGACCCAGCUUUACGGAGACCAGGCCGCUUUGACAGAGAAUUCCUUUUUGGCCUACCUGAUAAAGAUGCUCGAAAAGAGAUUCUGAAGAUCCACACACGGGACUGGAACCCCAGGCCCUUGGGCGGGUUUCUAGAGGAGCUGGCGGAGAGCUGCGUUGGGUACUGUGGCGCAGAUAUUAAAUCGAUAUGUGCCGAAGCUGCUUUAUGUGCUCUGCGUCGACGCUACCCACAGAUUUACACCACCAGUGAGAAACUGCAGCUGGAUCUCUCUUCAAUUAGUAUCUCAGCCAAGGACUUUGAGGUAGCUAUGCAAAAGAUGGUACCGGCCUCCCAGAGAGCUGUGACGUCACCGGGACAGGCACUGCCCGCCAUUGUGAAACCCCUCCUGCAAAGCACUGUUCACAAGAUCUUAGAAGCCCUGCAGAGAGUAUUCCCACAUGCAGAGAUCAAAACAAAUAAAGCCGUAGACUCAGACAUUUCUUGUUCUCUGCUAGAAAGUGACUUGGCAUACAGCGAUGAUGAUGCUCCAUUGGUUUAUGAAAAUGGACUUUCUCAGAAGCCUUUUAAUAAGGCAAAAGAGCAUUUCAGUUUUCUUCAUUUGAAUAGAAAUGCUUGUUGCCAACCCAUAUCUUUUCGACCAAGAAUGUUGAUAGUAGGAGAACCAGGAUUUGGGCAGGGUUCUCACUUGGCACCAGCUGUCAUUCAUGCUUUGGAAAAAUUGACCGUAUAUACAUUGGACAUUCCUGUUCUUUUUGGAGUUAGUGCUUCAUCCCCUGAAGAAACAUGUGCCCAGAUGAUUCGUGAAGCUAAGAGAACUGCGCCCAGCAUAGUGUAUGUUCCUCAUAUCCACUUGUGGUGGGAGAUAGUUGGACCAACACUCAAGGCCACGUUUACCACAUUGUUACAGAAUAUUCCAUCAUUUGCUCCAGUUUUACUACUUGCAACUUCUGACAAACCCCAUUCUUCUCUGCCAGAAGAGGUGCAAGAAUUGUUUGUCCGUGGCUAUGGAGAGAUUUUUAAUGUCCAGUUACCGGGUAAAGAAGAACGUACAAAAUUUUUUGAAGAUUUAAUUCUAAAACAAGCUGCUAAACCUCCUGUAUCUAAAAAGAAAGCAGUUUUGCAGGCCUUAGAGGUACUCCCAGUGGCACCACCACCUGAGCCAAAACCACUGACAACAGAAGAAGUAGAACGGCUGGAAGAGCAAGAAGAAGACACGUUUAGAGAACUGAGGAUUUUCUUAAGAAAUGUUACACACAGGCUUGCUGUUGACAAGCGAUUCCGAGCCUUCACGAAGCCUGUGGACCCUGAUGAGGUUCCUGAUUAUGUCACUGUAAUAAAGCAUCCAAUGGACCUUUCAUCCGUCAUCAGUAAAAUUGAUCUACACAAGUAUCUGACUGUGAAAGACUAUUUGAGAGAUAUUGAUCUCAUCUGUAAUAAUGCUUUGGAAUACAACCCAGACAGAGACCCUGGAGAUCGCCUUAUUAGGCAUAGAGCUUGUGCUUUAAGAGACACUGCUUAUGCCAUAAUUAAAGAAGAACUCGAUGAAGACUUUGAGCAACUUUGUGAAGAAAUUCAGGAAUCUAGAAAGAAAAGAGGUUGUAGCUCCUCGAAAUAUGCCCCAUCUUACUACCACGUGAUGCCAAAGCAAAACUCCACUUCUGCUGGUGACACAAGGUCAGACCUAGAGCAGAACGUGAAGCUGAAGCCACCCAGUGCUCCCAUGGCGUGCAGUACCCCUGCAAGGUGUGUCCUGCGGAUGACUCGAGCCAGACGUUCUCAAGUAGAACAGCAGCAGCUCAUCAGUGUCGAAAAGGCUCUCAUGAUUCUCUCUCAGCCCACGCCCUCACUUGUUGUAGACCACGAGCGAUUCAAAAAUCUUUUGAGGACUGUUGUUAAAAAAAGUCAAGAAUACAAUAUAUUCCAGUUGGAAAAUUUGUAUGCAGUAAUCAGCCAAUGUAUUUAUCAGCAUCGCAUGGACUAUGAUAAAACAACACUUAUUCAGAAAAUGGAGCAAGAGGUAGAAAACUUCAAUUGUUCCAGAUCAUGAUGUCUUGAUAUCGGGUAUUCAUUCUAUUCAGUUGCUAUUUAAUUCAUUUUUGUCAUAUUUGCAUACCUAAAGCAGUGUGAAAUUUUGCAUCUUUAAGGAAAAAAUUAAAAUAGUAAAAUAAGAGUAUUUAAUUUUUCUUGGUAUUUAUGUACAUGAGAAGACAAAUUACAUGGGUAAGAUAACUGAUAAAUAUUGGGUGGCAAUUUGCAAUGUAAUUUCUUUUAUUGAGCACUUUCAUUUUAUCCUUCCUAAAAUAAUUUGUUGCGUGAGACUAGAAACUGUCUUAGCCAUCGCGUCUUUGCCAGCCUUUUCGUCAUCUUAGUAUCCCUGAGUGCCGGUCUCAGGAAGUGCUUUCAGCGUCCCUUGUUCAUUCUCCCAAAGCCAGAGCACAAGUCACGAUUCGCAGGAGGGGCGUCCCACACACAGCUCUGGCUGCACCAAAUUCCGUGUCAAAAUUUGUUUUUGAGAUGAGCAUUAUUAUAGUUCUCAUUUGGGUUAAUAAAGACGUUGAAUAUUUUUUUAGUUUACUUUUAUAAUGAUGUACACAACAAAUAUAUCAAUAACUACCUUGUUAAACAUCUUUUAAUAGCACAAAGUUUUUAUAUUUGAAAAAUGUUUAUAUCUUUCUAAAAUUGUGUUUAGGUUAUGUUCUAUAGAUAUCUUUUAUAUUCAGUUAUAUAAAUAUAAAUAUUAUAAAUUUUGUAUUAAUGAUACCAAAAAUACAUUUAUUUCUUAAAGUUAAGACUGUUCACCUCCAUACAUGUUCUUUUGGUGAGACGAUGGGAGACUUUGUAAUGAUUCGUUUGUAAAAAUAGCUUCUUUUGGAAACCUUUUGAGAGGAAUAAAGAAUGGUAAUCUAAAAUGAGAGAUUCUGGAUUGUAAUGCAGUUAAUAGUUGAACUGCCUUUUGUUGGUGAUUUAUCUGGAUAUUGUGUUUAAAUAAAAUGCAGUAAAUUGGAUACCUUAAUUAGUAGAUACUGUCUUAAGCAAUGCCAGUCACUGAGAACAUUUAAAUAUGUGUAUAUUCCAGGAGGUAUACAUAUACAUGCUCAUUUUUGUUGACACUUAUAAUUUAUUGUUCUACGUGCAUCUUUUAUAAUUAGGAUUUUAUUUUGUGUGCAUAGCUUAUAUAAUAAAUUUUAGAAGUGAAAACUCAAA